UUCAUUUGUCUGUCAAAUUUUUUUAUUGUCUUGAGAAAAGGAACGAUCAUGGAUGUAUUCAAUUUUUAAGUAAAUUAUAAUAAUUAGUUAUGUCUUCUUCAGUGCAAAAUAAUAGGGUGUCACCCCCUGGGUACUGUGCAUGUUGUAAAGUAUGCAAUAGGUGGUGUUGGAGAGGCUUCAAAUGGCUCCCUGUGUUGUUGAUAGUGUCGAUCAUACUUUGGUCAUAUUACGCCUACGUUAUUCAGCUGUGUAUUUAUACAAUUGAGAAUACAGCACAACAAGUUAUUUAUUUGAUCAUAUACCAUAUACUCUUGAUUAUGUUUGCCUGGUCAUACUGGCGGACCAUAUUUGCUGAAAUACAGCCUAUUCCAGACAAGUACAAAUUGCCUGAAGUGGAACUGGAGAAACUUUUAAGUGCAGAUUCAGAGGAUUCACAGAGGUCAAUACUUGAAAAUUUUGCCAAGGAUCUCCCUAUAGUAACUAGGACAAUGUCAGGAUCUGUCCGGUACUGCAACCGCUGCGUGCUGGUCAAGCCGGACCGUGCGCACCACUGCAGCAUAUGCGCGCGCUGCGUCCUCAAGAUGGACCACCACUGUCCGUGGGUCAACAACUGUGUCUGCUACCACAACUACAAGUUUUUCAUGCUGUUCCUGGGCUAUGCGCUUUUGUACUGCAUCUUCAUCAUGGGUACCUGCUUGCCGUAUUUCAUCAAGUUUUGGAAGAUAUACCAAGAAUACAAGCUUGCCCACUGCGAUCGUUUAAUAGACACUGGGAAUUUUACAAAACAAUGCAUCGAUAUGCUCAAUGGUGACUUCGGCACCGCGGCGAACGCCGGCCGAUACCACAUCGUUUUCGCUUUCUUCGUGUCCCUCAUGUUCGCUAUCUCGCUCGGUUCGCUGUUCGGAUACCAUUGCUAUCUUGUUCUUCACAAUAGGACCACUUUGGAGGCGUUCCGUGCACCGAUGUUCAGAGGCGGUGCCGACAAGAAUGGCUUCUCCAUCGGCGCAUACAACAAUUUCAAAGAGGUUUUCGGCAAUAGCCCCAACCUGUGGUUGCUGCCGGUGUUCACCAGCUUCGGGGACGGCAUCGUGUACCCACUGCCUCAGCAAGAUGAAGACACGGAGUCUUUGUUGAGCUCUGAACGAUGGGAGCGGUGGGGCGAGCGAGCGAGGCCCUUCGACGAGCGAGAGAGCUCCUCCUUUGACGAACUAUGAGUGUAAAUCCGGCCAUAUGUCCUAGUGCAGGCUUAGGGCUUAGUUUUACAGGGUUGCCAUUUCUAUACUUAAACUCGCUUUUAUAUCCAUUGGUCUGAAUUUCAUUGAUAUGAAUUAAUGACAGUUAAUGGAAAGAGCAUUGAGUUCUUUUGUAUUGGUUAUUUUAAGUUUUUAUUCUCAGCCCAAUCACUCGCUUAUCAUCGUGAAAGACAAUAUCAACUACUUGUCACUUGAAACUCAGUCUUCGAUUGAGCACGCAAAUUGAUAUUGAUGAAAUAAUAAGAGUGUUCUUGAAUAUGAGUGCUGCAAUACUGUUGGUAAUUUUAGUAUAUGAAGCGUAAAUCGCUCUUUUUAGGCUUAGGAUGUUAUUUCAUAAUCAGACUCGAAAAAUAUGACCCUGUAGAUGUUUUAUAAUCCUAAGACCUGUAGUUUUGUAGACAACAGCCUGCACAAGUGACGUGGCCGAGUGAAAGUGCCAUUCCGUGAUAUGGACUGUGGGUAUAUUGGUGCUGACUGAUGUAUUAAACGGCUGCUGAAUGAGAUGGUACAUAGAACAACAGAAGUGUGUUACAGCUUUUCGAAUUUUGAUUAAUAAUAAUCGUCAAGCUGUGAUUCAUAGCUUUCAAAUAUUAACUGUAACACUUUUGUUGUUGAAUGUACAGCCUAGUAUAAUUGUAACUUCCUAUAAAACAAUAUUUACAUUGUGAAUAUUGUAGAAGUAAUUAAUUGAAAGUUGAUCCACAUUUUAUAAGUCUGUCUAUUCAAAAUGUAAACCGAAAAAUAAUAUAAAGUGUAUUUCAGUGUUAGCAAUCGUUAUAGGAUGUUAUAUCGACGGUAUUAGCACCAUUUCAGUGGGACUGCCAUUUUGGUGUGUUGUUCGUGUGACUUAUUGGACCUAUUAGAGUGAUCUCUUUUGUUUACUUAUUAUACAAUACAUAUACCUUCCUAAAGUAAUUCUUAAAUGAAGAUUAAUAAUCAGAAUUAAUUUUUAAAUAUUUUUAGGAAGUUGCAAAUUCAUUAGUACAUACAUAUUUAGCGACUAUAAUGUAAAUAAAAGUGCUUUUAAAUUAUAAGACUGCUGUGAAAGUAUAGAUUAGAUCGAAAUUUAUGAAUGUACUUAGGCACGGUUAUUUGUGUGUUUCGCAAUUAUUAGAAAAAUUUCAUUGAUUUUUCUCAACCGGCACACUGAUCUGUAAUUAAAUUAGACAAAUUUUAAGUAAUAAAAUUGCCAACGUACCAAUAAGUAGGAAAUGCAUUCCGAUCCAUUUAUUAUAGAUUUCCUUUAGCAGUAUUAAUGAAAUAUUUCGAAUAUGUUUGUGUACUUACGUAGAUACGAAUUAUUAUGCCAUGACAAAUGCCGAUUGUCUCAUAAUAAAAGUAAGCUUUAUUUUAUUAUUUUCAAUACUUAGCGCAAAGGAUUUUGUGAACUUUACACAGCAAUUUGCAUCUUAUCUCUUACUGUAUCCUUGUGGAUAAAUCUAGAUUGCUCUUACGACAUUUUGGCUAUAAUUUACAUUAUUCCAUUUUAGUGAUAUAAUUAUUCUUAAAACACACACAGUUGUCACUUCAUUUCUUAAAUUGACAAAUUUUAUUAUCUUGUUUACUCCCGUUUCUGAAUUACACAUGAAUAUUUCUCCUUAUACCAAAUACGUAUAUAAUAUCUAUGCGUUUAUUUAUGAGCACGGGAUCUCAAGUGUAAGUAGAAAUAUUUAAUAAAUAUUUAUAUUGUUAAUUACUUCUCAGUCUAUUGUUAUUCUUUCAACUGUGAGUUGAAUUAAUUACUAUUUUACAUCUGUAACGUAAUGAUCUGUUAAUCCUCUCUAUACUUCCGCUUACAGGAACUUUGUGUAUUUUUAUUUUCAUUCGUAAUCACACAUGUUUCAUCAUAAUAUUAUUUGAUCAUAAUUUAUACCAAGCAUAUUGAAUUUUGUUGAUCACACUAUUGUCACAAACUUUUGUAAUUUUAUAUUUUUAAUAUUAGUUUAAUAUAAGGUACCUAAUUUAAGUUUUUGUACGCAAAACUUUCCGGAUUAUUUAAUUAUGUGUCCAUACAAAAAUGAACCUAGUCAUUUUAAUGCACUUUGUAUGGCUAUACUGUGUGAAUGUUUGAAAUUGUACAAUUUUUUUUCUUCAGACUACAUAAAUGAUAUUCUUUUAUAUGUUUAUAUUCAUUUGUGUAUUUGUGUUGUAAAUAUUUCUAUCCAUGUGUGUUUAUUAGAGAUUGUACAAUUUAAACAAAAUGUGCAAUGGUUUUUGUAAUUUAGCUAUGACAUGAAAAUAAACUUAGAAAAAAUA